UGUCCACUUGGUCAGUGAGGGUCAGAAGGGGCUUUAAAGCUCAGUUUGAUGUCAGAUAGCAGAAGAUCAUGGCUGAUAAAGAGGAGUUGGGGAUCAGACUGAAGAAGCUGCUGGUGAGGCUGAAUCUUCAAGAGGGGAAACAGUUGGGCACUAUGGUCCAGAUCAUACAGGACCUGCUGUUCCUGUCCCACACAGAUCACUGUGUUGAGCUGUUUGCGGAUCAAAACGUCCAUGUGCCUCUGAUGCUGGUCCUGUCAGCUCAUCUCAACAGCAAAGUUCAGCAGGUUGGCUGGUCUCUGUUGUGUCGUCUGAUGGAGAUCUGUCCAACCACUCUGGAUAGUCUUACCAACCCAGUGGAGUUUAUAGAGGUGCACAAGCUGAUCCUUAAGGUGCUCUCAGUGUAUCAUAAUGAAGCCAAGAUGAUGAUGGUGGGCCUGAGAGCUCUGGCUCUGCUACUUAAGUCAGGUGAGAUUGUGAUGCAGGUUCUGGAUGUGGAGGAAGUGGAUGUGUUUUUCCUGGUCCUGGAGGCCAUGAGGUCUUUCAGUGACAGAGAAGAGGUUCAGCUUCAGGGAUGUGCUGCUUUACAACCACUGCUGCAGACAGUGUCUGAGGAUCAUCUGGUGGAGUUUGUUGAGAAGAAGGACCAUGAGGUGGUUUUGAAUGCGCUGAGCCGGUUCAUGGACAGUGAGAAUGUGGUUCUGCGAGUGCUGAGGGUCCUCGUACCGCUGGCUGCUCCGGCCAGCAAUGUUGAGAUUCUGAUGUCCAAAAGCGUUAAAUGCUACAGCCUAGCGUGUCAGGCUAUGGAGAUGUGGCUCAACUCUGAGGCGAUACAGGAGGCCGGUUGCUGUUUGUUAAGGAAAUUGACAUCAGAGAGUUACUACAAUAUAUUGGUGCUGAAUGGUGUCCAUAAAGUAGCAAUGAAAGCAUGCGUCUCGUAUCCUGAGAACGCCACAGUGCAGAUCCAAGCCCUUUCCUGUCUGAGCGCGCUCGUGGAGUGUGUUGUACAGAAUGAAGGGUUGGAGAGAGAGAGAGAGGAGGACGAGGCGGAACAGGAAGUUGUGUCCACUGAAGCGGAGGAGAUGCUCGUGUGGAGAGAGGCCUGUUAUACGGCUUUACAGAGACAUGCUGAAGACGCCACAGUACAGGAAGUGGCGUGUUGGGCCUUGAACAGCUUGCUGCUCCACUGCAACACGUCCGGCCCCGUGGAACUGGAAGGAAGGCCUCCUCUUCACACACUCAUCAUGGCUGCGAUGCUUCUGCACUCCUCCUGUGUGGGAGUGUUUCAGGCUGCUACCUGUACAUUACACACACUAAUACAGCACAACAGAAGGAUGAGAGAUCUGCUGCUAUCCCUUGGCAUCCAUUUCAACAUUGUGGAUCUGAUGCGGAAACACGCCAGCUCCAGUGUCGUGUGUGAAAGUGCCUGCAAACUGCUUCACACACUCUUUCAGGGAGCGAGGGCCAGUCUUGAUGAAGGGGCCCUGGUUCUCGGACAGAUCCUGAGUGCUCUGAGGACACACAACUUCGUUCCUGAGGUUCAGCUGGAUGGACUCAGAGCCAGUUUAGUUCUUCUCAACCCAGACAGGAGUUUAAGAGAACAUGGCCACUCUGUAGCGGAUCCUGACACGGUGGGUGUGUCGCUGCGGGUCCUGAAGAACCAGUGUGUGCUGGAGGGAGCGCACACGGUCUAUCUAGAAGCACUUAAUAGGUUUAUCAGUAGUAAGGAGAUUCAAGAGUGUGGACUUGGCGUCCUCUCAGCGCUAGCCGACUGUUCUGGAGCUGUGGACCUCAUGUGCCAGCAGGGGGCGAUCGACACGGUUCUUCAUACGCUGCAGAUGUUUCCACAGGAGCGCGACAUUCACUACUGGGCCCUCAGUCUCCUGUUUCACCUCAUCUCUAAGAAGAAGCUGUCCCGUACGAUGGUGCCUGUCCUGGCCUUUGUUUUGGUCAGUUCUGUACGGCAACACAAAGAGGACACAGUCAUGCUUCUAAAGGGAUUUCAGGCGGUGUGGAAGUUGUUGGACACCUGCUCGAGUGCCGCAGCAUGGCUGCAGAAAGAGGCUUUCGAGAAAGAGAUCUUUCAGGUCCUGCGGGAGAAGACGGGAGACCAGCGUCGAGAUCCAUUGCAGGGAAUGAGUUGCCUGUGCCUGUGUAAGAUGGUGGCGGACCCUGAGAUCAUGUACCUGCUGCUGGAGCGAGCGUGCGAGGACGGAGAUGUGGACAUGGCAGAAUGUCUCAUUAAGCUGGGCGCUGAUGUCAACAAGAAAACAAAGAGCGAUUCGCUCAUUUAUCAGUUGUGUGAUCGGGGGGCUCCUCUGGCCUUGCUGGAGCUGCUGGUUUCUGCAGGUGUUCAUGAGCAGCAGUUGCGUGGAGCUCUGAGCGUGUGUAUCAGGAGGGGUGAGGACACUGUGGUCACGCUCCUGCUCAGGCGUUUGGGCCUGGACCGCACCAACAGCGCCCUGUGCCUCGGGAGCUUCCGCCUCGGACAGAUGAAGGCAACGUGGCUCAGCGCUCUGCUCUCUGAGUGCAGGACUCAAUCUCCAACGAGCGACAAGAACAGUAAAGGUCAGCGUUUGGCCAGACAGAUCUUGUCACUCCAGAGGAGGAAAGAGUUUUCGGGAGUCAGUAGAUUACAGAGUGAUGUCAGCACAUUCGGAUACUUAACGGACGAGGAAAGUGACGACUCGCACAUUUCCUUAGAUGAAAGCUUAGUCUUCAUGUUUGAUGGCUUGGAGAGUGACGGGAGUGACGGACCUUCACAUGGAUUAUUGCCGUUCAACGAUUCACCAGAAGAGGGCAGAAAACCUGCUUGGAGAAAUCACAGUCGAUGUAGACGUGCCAAUUCAGAGGGAUGUCAUCGUGAGACAGAUGCAAGCAUCCCUCUGUAUAGGCGCUUUAACUCUCACAACACCAGAGGGCAGGGGUUCGUGGAAAGCUCGACUCCUGGUGCAGUUCCCCCGGACAUAGACAAAGACCCCAUCCGUCUGCUCGACCUAUCAGGGAAUGAGCUGAGCAAUCUGUCCUGUUUGAUGGAUGUGAGCUCUCUUAAGCGACAGAUCGAAAACCUUCUUCGGCUUGAUCUGAGUAAAAACAGUCUAUCAGAGUUUCCCAGUGUUCUCUGUCAGAGUUUAAGAAGUCUAACCCGUCUAGAUCUCCAAGGGAACCAGUUGCAGUCUCUUCCCGGAGAACUCCUGCGUUUGCCGGCUCUGAGCGCGCUCAAUGUGUCACACAACUGCAUCGGUCCACUUCUGCUGCUGGACCCGAGUGUGUGCAGUCCAUCCUUACGCCAGCUCAACCUCUCCUUCAACCAGAUCACCGUCUUCCCCUUCCAGCUGGGCCAGGCCACGCGCCGACUGGAGGAGCUCUCGCUGGAGGGCAAUCAGAUAUCAGAGCUGUCUCUCCCUCUCUGUCUGGCUGAAUUGAGAGUUUUAGAUGUCAGUAAGAAUCAGGUUAAAAUGGUUUCAGACAACUUCCUCACAGAAUGUGUCAAGAUGGAAACGUUCACCGCUUCUGUUAACCAAAUCAGUUCAUUGUCACACCUUCCCUCAAAAAUAACCACAAUCAAAUUAUCAAUGAACAAUUUUACAAGUGUUCCAGAAAUAAUCAUGAACUUGCCAUCUUUGCGUUCGGUGGACAUGAGAAAGAACAGCAUUAGUGUUCUUCUGGGUCCAGCUUCAUGGGUCAGUGUAAACCUGAGAGAGCUGAUGUUCAGUCAUAAUCACAUCUCCACACUCGACCUGAGCGGCCCGGUGUACAAGUGGGCCCGACUGGAGAAACUCCAUUUAAGCUCCAAUAAACUCACUGAGAUCCCUCCUCAGAUUGGUAUGUUGGAGGACCUGACGUCUCUAGAUGUCAGUCAGAAUGAAGGUUUGCGCUCUUUCCCCGAUGAGAUGGGAAAGCUGGCUCAUUUAUGGGAUCUACCUCUAGACGGUCUGCAGCUCCAGCUGGACCUCAAACACAUCGGAAGCAAAACCAAAGACAUCAUCAGGUUCUUGCAGCAGCGUCUGAAGAAAGCUGUCCCAUAUUACCGCAUGAAGCUCAUUGUGGUGGGCAGCCCGUGUAGCGGGAAGAGCUCUUUGAUUCGGCAGCUGAUGAGACUCAAGCGCUCUCAGUGGCGAUCCGAUCAGCACACCAUCGGCGUCCGCAACUGGGCCGUCAGGAACAAAGAAAAGAGGAACAUGCAGCUGAAUGUUUGGGAGCUAUCUGGUGCUGAAGAAUGCAGUGGCUUUCACCCUCACUUUAUGAGCUCCAGAGCUCUCUAUCUAGUGCUGUAUGACCUGAAGAAAGGACCCAGUGAGAUAGACACCAUAAAACACUGGCUCUUUAACAUUAAAGCUGUAGCUGGACAGUCUCCUGUGAUUGUGAUUGGAACUCAUGCAGAUGUGUGUGAAGAGCACCACAUACAGGAGUGUGUUCUGAAGCUGCGAGAGGAGCUGCUGUCUCAGACCGGGUUUCCAGUGAUCAAAGAGAACCUCAUGCUAUGUGCCUGUGAGGAGUCCGAGUCCAUCAACAAGUUACGCAAAGCCAUCUACAGAGAGCUCAUUGAGUUUAAGAUCCAGGGUCAGCCAGUGAUGGGGCAGCUGAUUCCAGACUGUUACGUGGAGCUGGAGAGGAGAGUUCUGCAGGAGAGGUCACAUGUGCCGGCUGAUUUCCCAGUGCUCAGGCAUAGCAGAUUACUGGAGAUCAUACAGGAAACACAGCUGCAGCUAGAGGAGGGAGAGUUACCCCACGCUAUCCACUUCCUCAGCGAGGCCGGUGUCCUGCUGCACUUUGAUGAUCCAGUGCUUCAGCUAAAAGAUUUAUACUUCAUUGACCCGCAAUGGCUUUGUGACGUCAUCUCACAGACGCUGACGCUCAAGAGCCCUGAUCAGUGGGACAGCACUAGAGGAGUGGUGCAGCGCUCCACGGUAGAGAAGUUUCUGGACAAAAGUCCCUGUUUCCCCAAGAAUCAUCUGACUCAGUACUUCAAACUUUUGGAGAAGUUUCAAAUAGCCUUGCCCUUUGGAGAUGACCAGUUACUUAUACCGAGCAGACUGUCAGAUCACAGGCCGGUGUUUGAGCUCCCUCACUGUGAGAAUUCAGAGGUGAUUGUUCGGCUCUAUGAGAUGCCGUACUUCCCCAUGGGAUACUGGUCCAGGCAGAUCAGCCGUCUUUUGGAAGUGUCUGCUUUCCUGCUCUACGGCAGAGAGAAAGCAUUAAGACCAAACCGGAUCUACUGGAGCAAGGGCAUCUAUCUGAGCUGGUCUACUGAAGCUUACUGUCUAGUGGAGGCCUCGUCUCUAGAAGACAACUCUGCUAGCUUCAUCAAGAUCACUGUGCCCUGCUCUCGCAAAGGUCAUGUGUUGUUUGGGCAGGUGGUGGAUCACAUUGACUCUCUGCUGGAGGAAUGGUUUCCAGGCCUUCUCGCCACUGACGUCCAUGGCACUGGGGAGACACUGCUUAAGAAAUGGGCUCUGUACAGCUUUAGUGAUGGACAAAACUUCCAGAAGAUGCUGCUGGAAGAUCUACUCUCCAAGAUCAGCGCAGAUGGUUUGCUGGUGAACCCAGAAGACCCCAGCUGUACUCUGCCCAUCUCUCAGAUCUCACCGGACCUGGUACUGAGCGACCAGCUUCCCAGCACCAUGCUGGAUCCAGAGCAGCUGGAGAUGGAGCUCUCUAAAGAGUAUCUGUUGGGGGAUGGUGGUUUCGGGUCUGUAUAUAAAGCGGUGUACAAGAACGAAGAAGUUGCUGUGAAGAUUUUUAAUAAACAUGCAUCUGCGCUUUAUGUUCAUCGGCUGGUACGACAGGAACUGGCAGUACUUGGCCGACUGUGUCACCCCAGUCUGGUGGGGCUUUUGGCCGCCGGUUGUAACCCGCACAUUCUGGUGAUGGAACUCGCCCCAUGUGGCUCUCUGGACUCGCUGUUUGAGCGUGAAAAUGGUAGUCUCAGCCGCAAGCUACAGCACAGGAUAGCACUGCAUGUGGCAGAUGGCCUCAGGUGGCGCGGUUGUGUGCAGGCAAGCGGGCUGUGCUGCCAACUCGUUGGCUGCUAA